UUCUCAAUGAUAAAAUUAUGAAUUCAUUAUAUUUUUUUUUUGAUUUGAAUUUUUAUUUGAAGUAUUGAAUACUGCCUACAAAUUUAACGUUGUCUUAUGUUUGCAGUUUUAAGUUUAGUACAGUUAUUGUGAAUUUGUAAGUGUUUUUUUUUUCUAUUAUAUUAUUAUAAUAUACUAAACAUGCCAAGCUGUAUAACUUGUGGAAGAUCAGAUAGUAAAAGUUCAAAAUCAGCGAAUAUAACUUUUCAUAAGUUUCCAUCUAAAGAAAGUGUUCGAGAAAAAUGGAAUAACUUCUUAUUAGAAAAUGCUGUGAGUCCUGAAAAUGUGUUAAGGACUAGUGUAAUUUGUUCCCUCUAUUUUGAACAGUCGUGUUUUUUGGACAAAAGCAAAAAACUAUUAAAUAAGCAUAGUUAUCCAUCAAUAAUUGUAAAUCGAAUAAAAGGCACCAAAAAAAUGUGUGAUGAAACUUUAACAAAAUGUUCUAUGACUUAUGAAGCAAAACCAAAUAGUUCUUCUAACAUUUUAAAAUGUGAUCGAAAAUUAGUUAAAUUGCCUUGUAGCAGUAAUGCAAUAGAAGGAGUGCCACUUUUGGAUGAAUCAAUUUUAAACACAGCAUCAAGUAUUUGUUCUGAGCCCUUUUCCAACAACAAAGUCUCGUUGUCUUGUAGCAGUGAUGCAAUGGAAGGUGGUUCACUUUUGGAUGAAUCUCCAUUAAUAGUUUCUAGUAAAGUGAAUUAAGACGAUACACCACGCCGGCUGUUCUUAAAGCGUGGUAUUCAAACACUAUCAGCACAAGUUAAAAUAAAAAACAAGCAGUUAAAAAGUCUCAAACAAACCAUAAGACGGCAAAAACAGAGAACUGCUUCAAUGGAAUUGAUUAUUAUGGAACUUAAAAAUCAAAAUUUCAAUGAUGAAGAUACGAGUUUUUCAAUAUUUGAGUCAUUUGGAGAAGGAAGGGUGCCAUCUUGCUGAUAAAUUAAGAAAGCAACACAUAUUUUACUUGAAACAGAAAAUGAAGAUAAUUUUUGAAAAUAAAACAAAUUGGAGAGAGGAAGAGUACAAAUAGAUUUUAAAGUGAACUCAGAUACUGAUGAUUACUUAUGGAAUUCAAAAAUAACCAUAAGUCUUUCAUAUGAGCUUCUCAGUUGCAACUAUGUCAGUCUUUUUUUUUUACGAAAUAUUAAUAUAUUAUUUAAAACUUUAAAAUUAUUCUAUUAUUUGUUACUUAAUAUUUUUAGCCAAAUCAAUCAGCUUUAACAGUUUUUCAGGAUCAAAAAAGUUAAAAUUAGACACUAUUUUUUCAGUAAUAUAAACAGUGAAAUAUUUCUAACCUUUGGUUUGUCAAGAAGCAUUCAAAUAAGUGAAGUUAACAAAGCAUCAUAUAUUCUUUUCAUAGUUGGAUUCAUAAAAAAAAGAUGUAAAGAUUAUGGUUGAAAAUUAUUACCAGAUGAAAACCAAGAAUCAACUAAAUGCUGACUCCCAUGAAAGAAAUGCAUAACAAAUUUAAUCAAUGUUUUACAUCUACUACAUUCUCAUCAAGCUGUACAAAUAUUUAUAUGUUUCCUGCUACUUAUAGGUAAAAUUAUUAUGGAAAAUACAGUAUUUUAAAAUCAGUUGGUUAGUAAAAAUAGAAGUAUUCUAAUUUAAUAACACAAACAAAUUAUAUUCAUAUUAUAAAUGAAUGAAUUAUCGAUAAUUGACAAUGAUAUUCAUUCAGUAAUUUAUUAUGCUAUGAAAUAACUAUUUUUAAACAAAUUAGCUUUAUUUAUAACUUUGCUGGUAAGUACGGCACUAGAAUUGUUUCCAGGGGGGGAGGAGGCAGAGUGGGGAAAAUAUUUUUUUUACAUGGGCUAAGGUAUUUUCAACAGUCAAUGACGUUAUUCAAAUAAAAUAUAAAUAUUUUUGUAUCAUAUAUUAUAAUAUAGCUAUUAGCUAUAUAGUACAAACUUUUGAAUAGUUAAAAAUGUCAAAUAUUUUUAUGUACCUUGUGUAAGAAAAUGUUUAAUCACAGACCUUCAACAAGUAUAUUAAUAAUGAUAUACAAAAAUGAUAAUUUCUUUAUUACUUUAAUAUUACAUACCUUUUGAAUGAAUGAUUAUGAUUAUUACUUACAUUUCAUAAAUAUAAAUAAAAGUAAUUAUGUUUAGUAAUGAACAGAUGAAUUUGUUUGACUCGACUUUAAUGCUAUGAUUUGUACAUUUAUUUAUACAUACAUUCAUACAUUUGUUUAUUUUCAUCCAGUAAUUAGUACCCAAUAAAAAUAAUAAUAAACAAAUAAAUGAUUUUUUUCUUAUUUUACAAAUUUCAAAACAUAUUUUAUUGAAAUUGUAGUAAAUUUUUUCCUUAUUAGACAAUACUAGUAGUCAGUAGGUUAAUCCAUAAUAAAAAAACAAAAUAUGUUAUUUGUUCAAACUUCAAUAAUUCAAUUAUUAUGAUUUAUAAUAAAUUCAAUUUAUUCCUCAAUUGAUAAUGUUUUAUGACUUUACUAUAUCGUACAGAUUUUUCAAGGGGAAGGGGGCGUGGCUAGAGCCCCACCUUUCCCCCUCCUCUUUUGGCGCAGUGCCACAUUAUAUAAUUAUUAAAUCUAUUAUGUAAGUUUAGGUAAAUAAUCUUUUACCAGUAGAUUCAAUAAACUAAAAUUAAUUUCUUCAACAGUAAAUGAGUUUAGGGCCGUAGCUAGGAAUUUUCUAUGGGGAGGGUUCAGUUGAUCAGUUCCAUAGAUAAGAAUUUUACAACUUACUAGGUUCUUUUGCUCUUCAGUCAAACUACCGCUAUUAGCAUUAAUAAACAAACCAAUAUCAUUAUUUUGAGGAUCAAUAAGACAAUAACCUUUAGAAAAGUUUAGAUAUUAGGCAAAAAGCAUUGGUAUACUAAGAAAGUAAUCUAAUAAACUAUUAUAGUUAUUAUUAAAAAAAAAAAUAGAAAUGCAAUAAAAAUGUUGUUUCGGGUUUACAUAGAUAGUAAGCUGAAUAAUCACUAAGGUAGACGAAAAAAAGUCUCCAGUUGCAUUAUAAAUAAAAUGAAACAAAGACAAAUCUGCAGAUAUUUCUAAUUUUUUAAAA